AUGAACUACGACGAAGAACCGCUGUAUUCAGAGGAGGGCUUCUCGCCCUUCACGCACUCGGACCGUAACCAUGGCAACAACGAUCGCAACCAGGCACACAUGACUAUGCCCCCGCCUCUGAACCGACAUAGAAACAGACCCCCAUUUCUGAGAUGUGCGCUGAUAGUUGGGUUAGCUGCCGUGGUAAUAGCUCUGGCUUCGGCCGGAGUGGCAGUGUAUAUGACAGGCGACUGUCCGGAUCAGCUGGCCUGUGUCUCUGUGGAACCGCUUGCAUGUCCCUCUCCCGCUGCCCUCGCCCAGGCCAGCGAACCUGCCAAGGUAUACGAAGACACACACGAGCAUAACAUCCCUGCGUGUAACAACUCAGAUGUCUGCCUGUCCAAGGACUGUGUAGUAGGCGCCGCAGAUGUGCUUCGAGACAUUGACCACAACAUCGACCCGUGUGACGACUUCUUCGAGUACACGUGCGGCAACUACAAGGCUGCCAAUGCCAUCCCCGACGAUCGCAGCACCGUGAGUCGGUUUUCGGACCUGUUUGACGCCAAUGCUCAAGUGCUAAGAUCUAUUCUCGAGACGCCUGGCGAAACCGCGCCCGCGACUGAGCUGGAGAUGACCAUCGACUUGGCACACAAGUACUACCAGUCGUGCAUGGAUGUGGACACCCUCGAGGCUGUCAGUAGUGAGGGUCUGAUUGCCCAGUGGCGCCCAAUCAUCCAGUACGAUCUCAAGCAGAGCACAUUGACACAGACUGUGGCUGAGUUAACGCUGAGUGGCAUCCGGCACUUCUUCAAGGUCGAGGUUUUCUCUGAUUUUAAGGAGGCAACUAGAAAUGCUUUGUAUCUGGGCCAAGCGUCUGGGCUUCUCCCCGAUCCCUCGUAUUACGCCAUGGACAACCACAGAGACGCGUACGUGAGCUUCAUUGUGCAGCUCUUUGAGCUCACUGGGAUUUCCGGCACAAGCGAUAUGGAGCAGAAUGCGCUGAAAGCAAAGGAACUGUUCGACUUUGAGAAGAGUCUUGCGGAUAUACAGGUACCUCCGGUAGAGCUAAGAGAUCCCAUUGCCAUCUACAAUCCCAUGCCAAUCUCGGACAUCCCGGCGUCAGCUGCCUUUGACUUUGCCGCCUUUUUCGACGCGCUCAACUUGCCUGCGCCAGUGGACAAGGUCAUAGUUCUGGUGCCGGUAUAUUUCGAGAAGUUAGAGGCUAUUUUGGGUGCUGCAGAUCCCAAGAUACUCAGCAUGUAG